AAGUUAGCGAACAUGAUCGCGGGGGUUGACGCCAGACCACCAGACCAAAGUGUCCUCUCAAUUGUCAUGAUCCCUGAUAUCCCUGCUCAUUAAUGAUAAGGAUGCACCUUUCUCUCUUACCACGACAUUGAAAGCAACUUGAACCUGCCCGCCGCGUACGGAUCGUUCGCGGGAACACUUUACUGGGACGCCAGACAGGAUCAAGAAGAUGCAGUUAGGAGGAACACAAGCGAGAUCAAUACCUAUUGCUUGUAGAUUUGUAUCAACUGACCAAUGGCUCACGACGCAUGUCACCACAACCUGGACGGUCGGAGAGGUCAAGUCAUGGCUGCUCACCAAGUUUCUACCCUCAUCAUUCACCUCUGUCCCAUACAUUCCAAGGGCUAGGCCGUCACGUAAACGCAGACCAAUGUCGCCAAUUAGGUUUGCCGCAAGACAGCAAACUCAAUUCAAGUCGAAACGUACAGCGGAAGAGUAUUACCAGGAGGACGACUACGACCAGGACGAGGAUGACCUCGAAGAAGACUUCCUGGAGGCACAGAAAUUUGUUGCUCCUCGUCAAUCUGCCUCCCUCACUCAUUUGAUACCCAAGCAGAGUGUUUCAUCGGAGCUAUCCUCUCAAGGAAGGGAACCGAACUGUGUGGAUCCCGCAUCCUACAGCCUCGUUUCCUUCUCGACCGGCCAGCUCUUAGAAGAUCGCUGUGCCCUUGACUUAUACUCCAUACAACCUUACGAGCUGCUCGAGCUUCACAAUCAGCCUUUCAUAGUGAGGUUGCCUAGAGAGGUUCCUGGACAAUAUAUUGAGCCAUACUAUGAAGCUCGAGUACGGGCUUUGAAAUGUGUAGGCAAAGCUACGGAGGAACCUGACCCAUCUAUUCAACGAAUGGAUCCUGAGGGCAGGGUUUCGCAUCAAGAACCUUCAGGCGAACCCUCAACAGCCCGGCGAGACAGGUCCCAUCGAAAGCGUCGUUCUAAGCUUGAAUGGCACGAACGUUGGGUUCUAAUACAUCAGGGUCUAUUCCAUUUAUGCAGAGGACGUAGCGGCUACAAAUCUUCUCACACAUCGUCUUUAUCUUCUCUUCUCGCCGUUAUGGGUCGCGAGCAACUUCAAAAUAUCGAGCGUACAUCAAGCAGCAAGCCUGCGUCUUUAUCACAAUUGCAAUUUUCCUCUUCUCCGAGUCUCACUACUCCGGACACAGAACAGACAGAGUCAUCUGAAGCCAAGUCUAAUUGGGUCGUGUGUCUCAAAUUCCACACGAAGGACAAGCACAUUCGAAAUGCGAAGCCGAAACCGAGCCUACCGGAGGUGGGCUGGUGGCGACGAGGGUCGAGAGAUGCUAACUCGGGCUGGAGUGAUCCUCCUGCUGAGGGAUGGGGGAACUCAAGGCAGGGUGGUCCUGAAGAUGAACCUCUAGAUGAUGCCAAAGAGAAAGACAAGGAAGAUAGUGUUAUUUGGAUCAUGUUGGACAUGCUCAACGAAGACGCCUUUGAGAAUAUCCUUCGCCUUUUGCACAGGGAGGCACCACCACUGACAUCGUCCACCUUUCUGUCGGACAUUAACCUUGACGACGAAGAUGACAUACCGCCGUCACCCAUCUUAUUUGCUCCCAGAUACUCCAGAAGACGUUCAACGUCUGAAUCCCCACCUCCACCGGAGUCUUCGCCACCACGUUCCUUACGCCCUGAACCUGACCCACCCUCGAAGCCGGUACCAUAUCCUGCAUGGCGCAUUAACCUACUGAACCGUGCCAGGCGCGCGGGGUUGGGUGAUGUGGGGAAAGCGAUGGAGUGUAUGCUCUUUGACUGGCACAACGAUGAAGAUGAGUCAACGGUCGAGCCGGGCACCUUUACACGAGGCCGACAACCUGGGAAGACUAAGUAUGUCAGCGAACGGGAACACAAAAAUGUCAAGUACCAGCAGGGAGUCGUCCUUGACGAUGAUAGCAGCGGGAGCUCAGAAGAGAGUGCGAGUGAGCAAGAAUGGCUGGGAUGGCUAACAGAGGCGAACCGGAGGCGCAAAGCGGAAAUGGAAAGGGCUCAUGAAGGGGAUAGUGGGAUUCAAUGGGAGACGACAUGGAACUCGCGUAACAACUUGGCGCCGCAAGGCGACAGUGGGUCUCAUACGCAGGAGUCAGGAGCAAGUUCGCCGAGGACCGAUUUGCUCAAUCUGGACGGCGUGGACUCAAUGUUGGCAGCUGAUACAAGCCCUCAUCUUGCCACCUACUCGUCUGUUGAUUCAUUAGUGAAGCGUACUGUCAAGCGGUCUGACUCAAAGAACAGGCCCUCAUCUCCUCAAGGUAUACCGCGCAUCAGACCUCGUUCACCUCUAUCGGUGGAGUUGGAUGACGAUGUACAUAUCGAAUACGAAGAAGAGGAAGGUGCUCCUAAUAACUACGUGUCUUAUAACUCCAACUUCACCUACCCCGAGUCGCACACACUUCGGACACAGCAAUCGGAACCGGUUCUCGCGCAUUCUAAACCUUUUAUACAUCCUCCUCCGCAGAGGAUGCCCAUGCCGAUAUCGAUGGCCAUGACCCAAAUUACCAGUAGCACCGUCAGUGUAGGACCUGCUGCUAGAGCAGAAUCCAGCCGAAAGGGACGACGAAGAAGCACGUUGAUGCCUGUGAAAAUGCCAGGUACAUCUAAUACAGAGAAAUCAUCUAGUCGCAAUGCAACGGUAAAGGACGAAAAACUAAAAGCACAGUCUACGUCCUUUGGUAACUUGCUUCGACCCAAGCUAAGGCUCCCGGCACCGUUCGCGUCAGGUGGUACGCCUUACUCGAGAGUCACGCCUGUGUCACCCAAGAGCUCAGAGAGUUAUGACAGCUUGAAAUUUGCUACACCUCCAGGAAGUGAUGAUUAGAAGGGAUAUUAUGAGUAGGGAUGGAGACCCGACUUAAUAGGUGACCGUCGCAGGCGCGGGAGUCCGUGUAUAUACGUUCAAUCGUUCGCAGUGUAUUCUUUUGUAGAUCUUGGUUUAGUUUAUCCGUCCGUUUGUAAUUAGUAUAUGUAGUAAUACACGUUUUGGUAUAUAAUCUGUUACUCUGCUGCUCUUCAUACAGGGGACGCCCUAACUCAUGAUGUCCUUUGACACCUGCGUCGAAACAGGCAAAGAGAGGCGUCAGAAACUCCUGCAGCAGACAAGGAGUAGCUGUGUACAUCUAGGUAAGAAAAGGAGCAGAAAAGG